CAAAUCAACCAAUGAGCUGGCGAGUAGAGCGGAAGUGGCGAAAUUUGAAAUUGUCGAGGAAUAAACAGACGCUGGAGAGUAUUCUGUCGUGUUUAUCGUUUAUACAUGCUGUUGUAUUAUUAGUGAAUUAAGAAACAAAACCGUCAAUCUGCAAAAUGGAUGAUGAAGUCACUGACAGACAGAUGCAAUUUGCACUGAUUUCUCAAAAGCUUAAGAACAUUAAAACACGAUUCUUGUGUGAAGAUAAUACUACUGGUGAAUUGAAUCUGACGAAAAGUUCUGCCUCCGAUCACACUGGAAAUGUAAAGCAGAUUUUAAGUUCCAACUCCCCUGAAACUUGCUUUGCAUUCUUGAUGAAGAUGGAAGAGAGAGGGAACCCAAAUACCGACUCAAAUUUACUUAGAAAGCUGAUAGACCUUUACAGCCAAGUGUUUGCUUCGCUGCCUAUUGAAAAUCAUUGUAAAAAUGAAAGCUAUGCAAGGAUUUUGGUCAGAUUUGCGGAGCUGAAAGCCAUUCAAGAGCCAGAUGCUGCCUGUGAUGACUUCUAUAUGGCUAGAGUGAACUGCAAGAUAUUUGCCUUUGUACAUAUUGCUCAUGCACAAUACGAGUUGUUUCAAGGUAAUCUAAAGAAAAGUACUUCAAUUCUACAGAAGGCAUGGGAGAUGAAUGCCAAGCCCAUUGAACUUUUAGAGACGGCUAUGAGCAAUUUAAGAAGUGGAAAAACACAGCUGCUUUCACCCGAGGAUAAAGAAAAUAUGAUUGUGCCAACAUAUAGCUCACAAGAUUCCAAGAGCAGCAAAAACCAUGAUGGAACUGGAGACAUACAGAGUACUUCAGCCAUUUCACAAGGAAUCGAUCAAAAGAGCAGUUCCCCAGAAGAGAUUGAUGUUGGUUGGAAAGUAACACAAAUUAAAAAUUCAAACACAAUGUUGGGCCGAGUUCCCAUGCAGUCACUUAUGACUCCUGAUACUUCUACUUGUCUAAAGAGAGGUGACCCUUCUAGCCUCAGAAGUAGUAUGAAAAGACAAACCUCUGGAACAAGAGCUAAUCAAAUAUUUGUGCCUUCGUUGUCGAAAUCAAGUCAAAUUAGCGUUGCUGGAGAUGGGGACCCUUUUAGACUUUCAAGUCUGAAGCCUACCUCAAAUGUCAGUCCUGUAAACUCAGGUGACCAAGAGAUGAGCACUGCUGAUUCAACUAUGACACUGUUGAACAAAACGGUUACCAGUGUCGCUGCCAAAAGAGAAGAAACUCGGUCAAAAGUCCCGGCUCCUUUAUCCUCAAGCCAAGUAAAUGAACAAGUUGUGUCAAACCAUAGUAAGAUUUCAAGUGUGGGGCAGCCUUGCCCUAAACCAUCAUAUAUGGAAACUGUCUCAGAAUGGAAAAUACCUGCACGGAUAUGCAGAGAAAUCUCUCCUGAGAAUAAGCAGUCACCUGCUGAACAACCUAAUCCACAGCAAAUCCAAGACAGAUUACCUGCAUCAAAAAGAGGGUUUCCAGGUUUUGUAUACGAGACGCCAAACAACAAAAUGUCCUGUGUUAACAGAACUCCAGUGGUGAAGGAACCUCGAGUGGUGGCACAGAUUUCCACUCCAUAUAAUGUCCGUUCAGCUUAUCGACAACCUGGUCAAAAUGUGUCAUCCACACCAUACCAACCAUCCACUUCGUUUAACCAGGCCAGCUGUUCACAGCAGUUCCAGCAGGUACCUCCUCCUGUGCACUCCAAUGACUGCAUUGUGAUCAAAGGAAAAACCUACUAUGUAUUAAAACAAAUUGGCAGAGGAGGUUCAAGUAAGGUAUUCCAAGUUUUGGACCACAAGAAGCAGUUGUUUGCUGUUAAAUAUGUGGAUCUAGAGGAUGCAGACAACCAGACCAUUGAAAGCUACAAGAAUGAGAUUGAGCAUUUGAAUAGACUACAGCAACACAGUGAUCAGAUAAUAAAACUUUAUGACUAUGAAAUGACUAACAGCUACAUAUACAUGUUAAUGGAGUGUGGAAAUCUUGACCUGAAUUCUUGGCUAAGAAGCAAAAAAGCAGUCAAUCCAUUGGAGCGGAAGUUCUAUUGGAAAAACAUGCUGGAAGCCGUUCAAACCAUCCAUCGGCACGGUAUUAUUCACAGUGACUUGAAACCUGCCAAUUUCGUAAUAGUGAAUGCCUCUCUAAAACUUAUUGACUUUGGAAUUGCCAACCAAAUCCAACCAGAUGUAACCAGCAUUGUGAAGGAUUCCCAGGUUGGCACACUUAACUACAUGCCUCCUGAAGCAAUUAAAGAUGAUUCGUCCUUUGGAGGAAAACACAGGUCAAAGAUCAGUCCGAAAAGUGAUGUGUGGUCACUUGGCUGUAUUUUAUACUGUAUGACAUAUGGAAAAACUCCAUUCCAACACAUCACAAACCAGAUUACUAAACUGCAGGCCAUAAUCGAUCCGUCUUAUGAAAUUGAGUUUCCUGAUAUUCCAGAAAAAGACCUUCGGGAUGUAUUGAAGAGGUGUUUGGUUCGUAACCCUAAAGAGAGGGUUUCCAUCGAUGAACUCUUGGGGCAUUCCUACCUGCAGAUGCAGCUGCAAUCAGACCCGGAGUCGGAGCAACAGAUUACCUCCCAAGAACUGAUGCGCAUCUUUAACGAGUUGGCUUCUAUUAGUUCACCAAAUAGCAUCUCCAGAGCAGCAAAUAACUUGGCAAAGAUGUGCAACAGUGGCAGAAAACUUGAUGUAUCUGAAUGCAUCAAACCUUCCAGUAAUCCUACAUGGAAGAUGUGAGGUGAAGUGCCUCAUUGGACUACUACUGUAUAUUAGUCAAGGACAACUAGUUAAUCAAGAAGUACACUUUUUUUUUUCUGUAAAUAUCCAUGAAUCAUUCUGUUUGGAUUUCUGAAAAUCUAAAGGUCAGUUCACUUUGCUAUCCAUCCAGUAAAUGUUCAAAAAUGUAUUAACAAAAAAAAAAAAAAAAAAACAUUAUUUUUAUGUAACUUUUUACAAAAUGUUAACAUGUAAUGGCUGCAUCUCGACAAGUAGAGCAUUUUUACUUCAGAUGCUGUUGAGGAUACUAGGGAGGGAUAUUCAAAAGAUUGCAUACUGGAAACCCCACAUGAGGAUGUCCAUAACAUUUCCAUGCAUGUGAAGAGCUGAUGACGGGCUGAACAUCAUUCAAUGACUGAAAAAUAAGGGGAGUGAUUUCCUUAACCAAGCUUCUAAACAAGAUCCUUGCAGGAUGGAUCAACGGAAGCUAAUUGUGAUAUACCACUGCAAUCUGAACUUGUAUUUUACUCUAUCUUCCAAUGGGAAAAUUAGGUAUGGUAUGUUUCUACAAACUAGUAAAUUGGGAUUACCUUUUGUUUAGGUACUAUACCUGCUUCCAAAAUAAAGAAUUGUGGGUAAGAGUAAAUCAAUGUACCAUACACUGCUUUUAAUUAUUGGGAUAUACAAGUAAAUCAUACAUAGUUCCAUUAUGGCUUUGCCAUGUGUGGGUUGCUGUGCUUGGUGGUCCAUUAUAAAUUUAAACUUGACACUGGUUCUGCUGUACAGAAUCCACUACUGAAGAUCCCUGUUGCUGUGGAUUUAAUAUGUAGUAGGGGGUAAUAAAGGGAUCUCAGCAGAGAAAUGUUGGGUGUAGUUUCUUUUAAUACAAAUUCCUUAGGGUUUUUUUGUUUCCCAAUGCAAGCAUCUGCUGGCCAGCUUAACUGUAUUAUAAUAUUUUACACGGUAGUUGUAAUUGUCUUCCUCUUAGACAGUGGCCAUUGGAUGCACACAAAGGUAGCAUUAUGAGGAAGAAUGAAUGCCACCUAAAGCAUGACAACUGAAAUUAUUUGCAAGAGAGAUGCAUACAGUAGUGACAAUUACCAACAACACUUAAGGUUCAUUUAGAGGGUCUGCUGUGGACACGUGCAAUCCCCCUGGUGUGUGCAAUUAGGAAAUACUGCUUUAAAAUUAGUGCAGUAUUAAAUACAUAAAGAAAUCCUUCAGCAAUAGCUGAAGCAUUUAUAAGGACUUGGAGUGGUAGCAUGGAUUUGUUUAACUGGCCACCUACAAUUACAUGCAGUAUUGUAUAUUUUCAAAAAAUGAAAAAGCACUUUUACACAAUUGGCUUAUUCUUGUCAUUCCGCUUCACUAUAACUCCAAUAUUAAUACACUUCUGCUUUGUUUCUAGCUACGUUUAGCACUGAACUGAAACAACAUAUUGUAAUUCAUGCAAUGCUUUUGGUCAGCUUUUCUCUCUGCUUAAAUGAUCCAAUCAUUGAAAUUACAACACACAAUCAAUUGCAGCACCUGGAAGAUACCAUGGUUGACCAAAUAGAUUUAGGAAGAGCACAAGACUGCAAAACUUAAGUCAUUUGAUUGGUUAUAGGCACGGCUUGAACUUUUUUUUUCCCCCCUGUACCUCCCUUUAAAUGUUUAUUAAUUGUUAAGCUCUCUGCAUCCUAUUAAAGAAAAAACUACUUGUUAAA